AUGACCAAACAUGAAGAGAUCAAGACCAUGAAGCUUUACCAUCAUUUGGACCGUAUCGAGAAUCGUCUCAAGGAGUUGGGCUACACCAACAAAGACGUUCGAGUCGACCCAGAGCAGUUGGGCGAAUUCGACUCGCUCCACUUCUUUGGGGAUGAACCCAUCUGCCAUAUCGUAGAGCUGCUAGCUGAGACACCGACAGAGAAAAAAGUGCUGGACAUUGGCUCGGGCUAUGGAGGUACCGCACGAUUGCUCGCUCAUCGCAGCGGCUGCAAGGUCGACGCUUUAGAGCUCCAGCCUGAUCUUAGCGACGCCGGUCGAGAACUCACGCGACGUUGCGGACUAGAUGAGCAAGUAACGCACUUGGACGGGGACUUUCUAGAGCUUCCGGUCCAGCACAACGAGUACGACGUUGUCGUAGGACUGCUGUGCUUUUUGCACAUUGGCAACUGGCGUCAGCUCUUUCAACGCUGCUUUGACAGUCUCAAACCUGGUGGUGUCCUGUACGUGGAUGAUUUUUUCCUCCGUGGCGACAGGUUGACGCCCGAGGACCAACUCACGCUCAAGCAAGAUGUCUAUUGCACUGACCUACUGCGUCAAGAGCAAAUUGUCGAUGUGUUGAAAACCUGUGGCUUCGAGACGCCUAAAGUCCAGGAUGCGACAAUCAAAUGGCAGCCGUACGUGUCGAAUCGUGCCGUGAAAUACCACGCCGCGCUAGAGACACAUAUCGCUCGCGACGGUGAGGCAGCAGCUCGUGGUCUUGAUCACUUCUAUACGUGUAUGGCACAGCUUUUUCGAACUGGAAACGUUGGAGGCUACACGCUGAUCGUACGUAAACCACUUUGA